AUGUCUCUCUCUCUCUCUCUCUCUCUCUUCUUAUUUCUCUCUCUAUUUUCUUACUUCUCUCUCUCACUUCCCCGUCUCUCUCACGCACUCUCUCUCUUCUCUCUCUUUUUCACUCUUCUCUCCCUCUUUUCACUCUUCUCUCUCUCUCUCUCAUUUCUCUCCUUCUCCUCCUCUUUUCUCUCUUUACUCUCUCACUUUUCACUCCUCUCUCACUUCUCGCACUCACUCUCUCUUCUUUCUCUCUCUUCCCUUUUCACUCUCACUUUUCUCUCUCUUUUCAUUCUUCUCUCUCUCUCACUUCUCUCACUCUCUCUUCUCUCUCUUUGCUUUUCUCUCUCUCUUCUCUCUCAUUUCUAUCCUUCUCCUCUUUUCUCUCUUUACUCUCUCACUUUUAACUCCUCUCUCACUUCUCGCACUCACUCUCUCUUCUUUCUCUCUCUCUCUUUUUCACUCUCUCUUUUCACUCUCUUUUCACUCUUCUCUCGCUCACUUCUCUCCCUCUAUCUCUCCUUUCCAUCUUGUAUUUUCUCUCUUUCUUCUCCCCUCUCUCUUCUUUUUUCUCCCUGUCUUUCUUCUCGUUCUCUUUUCACUCUUCUAUCGCUCUCUCUCUCUCUUCUCUCUCUUUUCACUUUUCUCUCUCUCAUUUUUCUCACUCACUCUCUCUCUCUCUUCUCUUUUCUGUCUCUUUCUUCUCUUUCUCUCUCUUUCUUCUCUUUUUCUCUCUGCCUCUCAUCUCUUUCUCCUUCUUCUCUCUCUAUCUCUCUCUCUUUCUUCUCUUUUCUCUCAGCCUCUCUUUCACUCGUCUCUCUCUCUCUCUAUUCUCUAAAUAUAUCUUCUCCAUCUCUCUCUUUCUCUGGGGAGGGAACAUGGUAUCUAUCUAUCUAUCUGUCUGUCUGUCUGUCUGUCUAUCUAUCUAUCUAUCUAUCUCAGUCUGUUCACAUCUAUCUCUAUACUGUUCAUAUCUAUCUAUCUAUCUCUACUCUGUUCAUAUCUAUCUCUACACUGUUCAUGUCUAUCUAUCUAUCUAUCUAUCUAUCUAUCUAUCUAUCUAUCUAUCUAUCUAUAUUUUAA